AUUAAUUUUUGAACUUCUUUGUUUCCUAAGUAUCACAUCUUUUGUAUUACUAUUUAGGUAAAAUACUUGCCCCCAUUUACACUUUCGUCUUAAUCUGGAUUAAAACUUACACAUCCCUUAACCCCAGAUAUUAUUUGGUGAUAGACCUUUGGAUAAUAGACGGCAAUUAUCUAUUUUAACAAUCCUUUUAAUUUUGUUACCGAAUAUUUAUAGUCAGGCUGGUCAGGUUUUACGAUAUCUAAUCUGCCAUUAAUUAAUAAAAUACCUACCCUUCCUUCAUAUAAUGAGAUUUGAAAACAUAUAGCAAGUUGAUUUAAUAGAAUAAUAUAAUCCAAAGCAUAGCAAAAUGCUAACUUCAAACCAGUCUACUUUACACAGGAACUCUUCAGCCAGUUCUUUAACCAAUAGAUCUCAUGGAAUACCGUCUUCUGCACCUCAUCAACGUUUAAAGCAUCAACCAUCACUCAUCGACUUAAUAGAUGAUACUACUUUAACAUCAUUGCCAUUACCACCACCACCUAAGAAAAAUUCAUCAUCUCGUAGAUCUAGAAAUAAUUCUGUUGAUACGAUACCAUCUUUGUCUAAAAUACGCCAACAUACUACACAAGUACUACCUUACCAUCAACAAAUACAAUCGUCAGGCAAUAUUGAUUUUGAAUAUGAUGACGAAGAAGAAGAAGACGAAGUAACCUUUGAGGGUGAUGAAAGUCAAGAUCCUAUUGUUUUAAUAGAAGAUUAUAUGAUAAAUAGCGAUGGGGACGUUUCACAAGAAAGGGUGACUGUGGGAGAAUCUUCAAAACAAUCAACAUUGGAUAAAAAGAAGUCAUUAGCCAAUUUUAAACAACGAAUGUACUCAGUGCCUAAUUUCAAGAUCCAUAAUGAAGCACAGUAUAGCCUGCAUUCCGAAGUUUCGACCAUUGAAUCGUCUAAUUCGAACACACUAAUUAGAGGAAGUAACAAACGGGCUAUUUCAGGUGGUCAAAACUCAACCAGUUCAUUAAGUAAUGGAAUGCGAGGAGUUGGCAGAGGUGAAAACUUUGAAGAAAUAUUUGGAGGCAAGAUCCCCGGAUCAGAUUUAUUAAAAUAUUGUGAUAUUUGUGAAAAACCACUUUAUGAGAUUUCGUCUUUAUUAGGUAAUUACCAUAAGAAAUUUAAAACAAACAGUAAUAGAACUCAAAGCAUAAAUUCCGAUACCAGAGUUAAUAAACCAACAGGAUUGAAUUAUAAUGAAUUUAUAUGUUGGGAAUGUAUAGAAAUUUACGAAGAUUUCUUUAAUGAAUUGGAGCAGGAGCAAAAUGAACACUGUCAUGAUUCUGCGUUCGCCAAUGAUAAUUCUUUACCUUCGUCAUGUAACCGAAAAUUAUUACUGAUAUUCAAAAGUAUUCAAGAAAAAUAUAAUCAAAAAGAGAAUACCCCACCACCUAAUUCAAGUUCACAAUACGGAAAAUUUUCUAACAGUUUAAUCUUAAGACUUAACUCUUUGAAGAAUAGCUCAUCCACCACUUCUGGUUACCGUAAGUUUGAUUUAGAUUGGCUAAAACAGAAAUAAUAAAUAGUAAUUUACAUUCAUAACUCAUUUACCUUCUAUAUA